AUGGCUUCUAAGGUUUUCUCUGCCUUCUUCCUCCUAAGCACCUUUGGAGAUGUGUCAGCUUUCUGGCGCAUGGAGUGUCAUGGCCGCACAGGUCUAGCUCGUAUUGAUCCGAUUAUGGAUGCUGGCGUGGUAUCUCCUCAUAUCCAUACCGUCCACGGCUCUUCUGGGUUUUCGCUCAGCUCUACUUACGAUGACCUUGUGCAGGGGAGCUGCAGCUCGUGUGCCGUGAAGCAAGACAAGUCGGCAUAUUGGACCCCUGCGCUCUACUUCCAAGAUAGCGAGACUAAACAGUUUGAGAUCGUUCCCCAGGUUGGAGGGAUGCUUGCGUACUAUCUUCUGCGGGGAGAUAACGUUACGGCUUUCCCGCCCGGAUUCCAGGUGGUCGCUGGAAGCAACUAUCGACGAGACUAUACUGUCGGGGAUCCAAAGUCACCUGACCCUCCUCAGUCUGACUGGGCUGCUCUCAAGCAAACUAGCCAGAAUGACCUCGAGCAACGAGCAAUCGGAUACAAUUGCUUGGAUUACAAGAAGGAGCCCGAAGGUUCGCUACUCCGUCACUACUUACCCGACAAGGAUUUCCUCGACGCAAACUGCCCUGAUGGUCUCCGCAUCGAAUUGAUGUUCCCAUCAUGCUGGAACGGUGAUAUCACAGCUGCGGACCACAAGAGCCAUUUGGCGUAUCCCAACUUGGUUGGAAAUGGUGACUGCCCCGAGUCCCAUCCGAAACGAUUAGUUACUCUAUUCUACGAGACUAUCUGGGAUACCGACAACAAACAGUUCAAGGGCCGCAAUGGAGAAUUUGUCGUUUCCAACGGUGACCCAACAGGAUUUGGCUAUCAUGGCGAUUUCAUGACUGGCUGGGACGUUGACUUCUUGCAGGAAGCUAUUGACACCUGCACGAACGCAUCCGGCAACAUUCGGGACUGCCCACUCUUUAUGAACAACGGACCUCUCCAAACUGACGAAGAACAAAAUUCUUGUGAAUUCGAUGUUCCGCCAAUGCUAGCCCAGGAAGAUGGUUCUGCUCGCAACCUUGCAAACCUCCCCGGUAACAUCCAGGUCCAGGCUGGUCCGCAGUCUGCCACCCCCGGUGCUGGCGAUGCCAAUCCUAUCAUUUCCGCCGCAACCAGCUUACUUGGUGGUUUCUUUGGUAGCGCCUCGUCGUCUACUACGUCCUCUAGCAUCCCAGCUGUUACCUCAUCUAGUGCAUCUGUCGAAUCGGUUCCGGUAUCUCAGAAUUUCGGUGCCCUUGCAGUGCCGCCGGCCGAGACGCCCUCUUCGAGUACGCCUCUACCUACUCCGCCAACGACCACUCCCGCCCCAGCAGUUACUUCGGACCCUGGUGUGUCAUACGAAGUGGUUAGCACCCAGACCAUUACGCGCGGUUCCCAAGUCGAAGUUGUGAUCUGGAAAGAGCCCGUUGUAUAUGUAACGGAGGAGUCUAUCACGACCGUAACAGUCGAAUCCCCGGCGGUGAAGCCACGAAGAUUCUAUGGCAGACAUGCCUUACAGCACGGACACCAUGCUCGGAGGACUUAA